AUGAGUAAACUGGAUGACUUACUCGCUAAGAAAAAAACUGUUGUGCCUGUUUUAGAUUUGAGCAGAAAUGUUGUACAAUCUAGUGAGGAGCUUAAACGUCUUAUGGAAAAGGUUCCUGAAUACAAGAUGAGACCCAUCAAAGUUAAAGCAGAAGAUAUCAAGACUAAAGAUAAGGAUUUUUCGUUUAAAUUGAGCAAGAAAGAGGCGAAAAAACUUUUAAAAUCGAACGGUGAACGAGAUCCAAUGUAUGUAUAUGCAGAUCCAGUUCCAAUAGAAAUGAAAGAAGUUGUAUUAUAUGACCUCUGCGUUGUUCCAAUUGAUUGGAAAAUGCUAACUACAUUAAGGCCAAAAUCAAAAAUUGAAGAGGAAUAUUUUUCACGCAUGGUUGAAAUGGGUAAAUUACAAUUGAAGACAGAACAACGAGACAGGAGAGAAUUUAUGCUCAAUAACGGUGUAAAAAAGUUAAAAAACAAAUCUGGAAUUGUGGAAACUCGUCUUCAGACUUGUACUGACUGUGGCGAAGAAUUAUGUUCUGGGAAAACUUGCACUGAAUUUAGUUACGAUUUAUUUGUAAGAGUAGAGCCAAAAUAUCCUAAACCCAAGCCUGCUGCAAAUGUGAUCAAUAAAGGAAAACUUAAUGGACAUAAACGUAUAAUAAAUGGCCCACGAAACAAGUCAAAGAAAAAUCCUAAAUAA